AUGUCGCCGGCUUGCGAACGAGCUAAGCAGUUCAACAGCUACUUGAAAAAGCUGCAAGCCAGCAGCCGUGAAGGAGGGCAGUCAGACGGGCAGGUCGAGGUUGGUCACGUCGACGAGUCUCAUACGGUUGCCGCUGGUCAGUCUCGACCUUCGGGUCAGAGGCCCUCAGCAGACCUUGAGAUUGCGAAUCCGCUCAAAGAGUCUCGCAGCCUUUCUCAUCAGCACUUUGUCGGUGAAUCCACAUGCGCGGUGUUUGCCAACCGACUUUUGCAAUGCCUUCAACCGGAAGGAACGUCAACAGCAACGCCUCCUGAACAGCAUUAUGUGAAGAGGCCUGAAUUUGCACGUCAGGUAGGCACCCUCUAUGGAUGCAAGUUCCCUGACCGCAUUCGGGCGACUCUUCUCGUUCGUGUUGCCUUGCGGUUCAUUGGAGAAGACUAUCAUUUCUUUCUACAAAAAGAAUUCUUGCAGCAGCUGGAAAGAACAUAUGCCUCCAAAGAAGCCCAGAAUGCGGAGAACGCUUGGGCAUGUAAGUUCUUUGUUGUUCUGGCACUCGGGGAGCUUUAUUCUGCCACAGUCCCGAGCCAUCCUCCUGGGGUGCCCGGUACGGAUUAUUUCGUCAAUGCCGUCAAUCUACUUCAAGAUGGCUACGAAGAACCGAGCGUAACACAGAUCGAGACCAUGUUGCUGUUUUGCUUCUACUCAAACGCGCUCGGCAGGGUCAAAUCUGCACAUGUCUACAGUGGCCUGGCAUUGCGUUUGAGUACUUGCCUUGGGCUGCAUCGUGAUCCGCCCGAGGACGCAGGUUUGACGCCAGUCGAACUCGAGCAUAGAGUUCGGCUGUGGUGGACGGCAUACAUUUUUGACCGAUCAACAACUUCACGGCUGGGGCUACCCCUUUCAAUACGGGACGAGGACAUUGAUGUCAGGUUGCCAUCUUCUGAUCAUUUGCCCCCUGAAGAUCAGGAUAAGUUCGGAUCACCGGCGCACUUGUGUGCAAACAUCGAAUUAGCACGUAUCACGGGCUCCAUCAUGCGCGACAUUUACAGCCCAUCAUCUUCACUCAGGGGCAGCUUCUUGCAUAAUGUGCGUACCAUUUUGAAAAGUCUGCGAAAAUGGGAUGCAAAUGUCGCCCCGAGUUUGCGUUUGACCCAUGCAGGCGCAAACAGACCGGUGACCUCCUUGCAGCUUCACUUCAACCAGUGUAUCAUCUUGACCACCCGCCCGGUCCUCUUGCAUGUUCUCAAAGCCAAGAAUCCUUUCGGCGAGUCUGAUACUGGCACAAAUGGGCCUUCCACUGAACCGCUUUCGGAGACAGCGAUGAUGCUGGCAGACUCCUGUGUUUCUGCUGCGCGCACUUCCAACAGCAUUUUGUCACAAUUAUAUGUCGAAAACGCCUUGGCUCUGUUUGGUCAUUUUGAUGCGCACUAUUUGUUCGCGUCAACUCUUGUUCUGAUCAUCUCGGCCAUCAUCUCACCGAAUUCAAGCGACUCGGAUGCCGUCCAGACCGCUUUCCACUUGCUGCGAACGAUGCGGGAUAGUGGGAAUGUAUCGGCUGCACAAUUCUAUCCUCGUCUCUCACACAUUCAAUGGAGUAUUGGACGACUUCGCGGACGUGUCACUGCCAGAAAUGAGACCUCCUUGCCGGCAAACGCUCCAGAGAACAGCUCUUCAGCCAACGGCCUCAGUGCCCCGGAGCUGCCACCGCUCGACAAUCUGGAUUUCGAUAGUUACGAUUGGAACGACUUUCCCAUGCCAGAUCUUGCCACCUAUGACUGGACCGGUCUUGGCCGUGUGAUCGUGGAUCCUCUCGAUAAUCCCAUGCUUCAGACAUUUUUGGACCAUGCAGACACCACAUGGGAUGAGAACAUGGACGUGAUUGGCGCAGAGAUAACCUGA